CUCCAUUGAAACACAGAAGUAAACAAAACAAAAGUUCUCGCUCUCUUGAAUUUGUAAUUUAUUGAGCUGCAAAUCGAUAAGCAACUCAGUUGCAUUGCGAUCUCGUUAGUGAGUGGAUCGUCGGCAGGAUCAAGCAAUUUGAAAAUAAAACUCAUCAAAAUGCUGUCGCUACCAAGCACCGAUCAGGACCUGCGCUGUCCUGGUUUCUGCGAUUGUCGCUUUCCCAGCUGCAUUGAUAUAGCCAACCACAAACGAAACAUUCCUGAUCUGGUCACGUGUUGCUGUGGAGAGGACAGUGGGAAUGGUCUGCAGUGGCAGUGGCAUCAAGCGGAAGAAUCCGAUGCCCAAGUCAUUGGCAGAGAUAUCGUCUUCCAUCCCACCUACAGUCAAGGCACGGCCAUUGUGCGUGGCGAACAGCCGCUGCAGCAGGACAAAGUUCACUUCUGGGAGAUGCGUGUUAUUACGGUGCUGGCUGGUACUGAUGUGAUGUUUGGCAUAGGCACCGGUAGCGUUAAUCUGGAACAAUUCAAAUUCCAUUUCGUCUCUGCCCUGGGCACUAAUGCCCAAUCCUGGGGCUACUCCUACAACGGUAAAAUCCAGCAUUGCGGUGAUCAGUUGCCGUAUGGCCAAAAGUUUUCUCAGGGCUGUUUGGUGGGCAUCUAUCUGGAUCGCACGCGUGGCCAUUUGGAAUUCUUUUUGAAUCGUCGCUCCCUAGGCGUGGCCUACACGAACAUACCAACAGAUCCACAUGUCAAAAUCUAUCCGAUGGUCUGCUCCACAGCUGCCAGGUCUGUCAUCCGCUUGAUUAACUCCACCUCACAACCAGCGACGCUACAGCUGCGCGCAUUCGAAUCACUUGCCAAGCAGCCGCAAAAACUCGAUGAACUGCGUCAAAUGCCUGGCCUGAAAAGCAUUAUGCAAUCCUAUUGGUUUCUAGCGCCACCCGUACGCUAUUCCAGAUGCUCUACAAAUCUGGACUUGGACUUAGGAGACGAGGCGGUGCUAUCAAGCUCCAAGCUACGUUUGGGCCGAAAACAAAAAUAUAGAGAGACCGAUGAUGUCAGUAUCGAUGAGGAUCUAUAUGCGAACGCGCACAAAAUUCCAGUGCGGCGCAACGACAGCGGCGAUGAGGAAUAUGCCUCAUCCAUUCACGAGUUCUGUGAUGAAUAUUUUUACAAUUUGUUAUAGCUGGAGGAUAUCGGC